GGCGCCGCAGCGCUCGGCCGGCGCCAUGGCCCGCGGGGCGCUGCUCGGCGCCGUGGCCUGUCUGUGCUUCCUGGCCCCCGUGGCCGACGCCUUCAAGAGGAGGGGACCCAGCGUGACAGCCAAGGUGUUCUUUGAUGUGAAGAUCGGAGACAAAGAUGUUGGCAGAAUUGUAAUUGGAUUGUUUGGAAAAGUUGUCCCAAAGACCGUGGAGAACUUCAUUGCGUUGGCAACUGGAGAAAGAGGAUACGGAUACAAAGGAAGUAAAUUUCAUCGUGUGAUCAAAGACUUCAUGAUUCAAGGAGGAGACUUUACAGCUGGAGAUGGAUCAGGAGGAAGAAGCAUCUAUGGAGAAAGAUUUCCUGAUGAGAACUUCAAGCUCAAACACUAUGGAAUUGGAUGGGUUAGCAUGGCUAAUUCUGGGCCAGACACCAAUGGAUCCCAGUUCUUCAUCAGUGUGACAAAGCCUUCCUGGUUAGAUGGAAAACACGUAGUAUUUGGCAAAGUCCUUGAUGGAAUGUCUGUGGUGCACUCGAUAGAACUCCAGCAGACAGAUGAACAUGAUCGGCCCCUUCAAGACUGUGUGAUUGUGAACAGUGGCAAAAUAGCUGUGAAGGAACCAUUUGUAGUUGAAGUUGGUGACUGGUGAGAGCAAUAGUCAGAAUGAAAAGUACAACUUAAUCACUUGUCUUUAAUGCUGGUUUUUGACCAAUCUCACUGAUCCACCAAGUUUUCUCCUCAAAACAGCUGAGGUUACAUUUAGGCAGUACUUAUCAUUUGCCAAAUACAGAAGGGAUAUGACUAUUUCUAUAAUAACUUGUUGGAGCUGCCACUCCUUGAAAUUCAAGACAUAUCCCACCAAAUUCUAGAUCUUGCAUAAAAAGUCUUUAAUGAAAAAUUAUAGCAGGAAUUCUAUUUUUCCAGGGUUUAAAAUACAUUAAUUUUGUUCUGUUUGGAAAUUUUAGCAAUAUUUGUUUUUGUCUUUUCAACUGAAAAUAUUUACUGUAACACUACCAGCAGUUCUAAAAACUUAAAAAAAAAAAAAGGUAAAAUAUAGAAGUGUUUUGAAUAAAUAAACUUUGCUUUCAGAUAAAUACUUGAGAGCAUUUUUUACUCCAGCCCCCAAACUUUUUUUCACCUCAAUUGAUUCCACAUUAUAUGCAGGGGGUCUUGCUUUUCAGGAGAUAAGGUUGUAAGGUUAGAGCAGAGAUGGUAAAUUUUCCUAAUCUAAACAUGUCAGUCCCUUCUGUCUUUCAGAAAACCACAGUAUUGAGAUACCAUUCUGUGAUCAAGAACAAGCAGCUUUUCUGUCUUAUUAUUAAAUAAGGUAGUCUGUUAGAAACUGAUUAAAACAGAAGAAUUCUUGUUUUGGUGAAUUUUGUAACAAUUAAUGUUACUUAUUUAAAGCUCAAACACUUUUUCUUUAUGUUUUGCUGUAAGUUUGAGAACUUUGGGUUCAUUUUUUUUGUGAUGCUUCAUAAAUAAAUAACUCUUAAGCUUACAA